UUCCACCCAGAGCAUCGAAUCAUGGCCACAAAGUCUCUCGCGAGCUGCAUUUUCUGCAAGAUCAUCAAGGGGGAGAUCCCCAGCUUCAAGCUAAUCGAGACCGAGAAGGUCUUCUCUUUCCUCGACAUCGGCCCGCUCUCGAAGGGCCAUGCCCUGAUCAUCCCCAAGUACCACGCGGAGAAGCUCCACGAGGUGCCAGACGAGUACUUCGCAGAUGUACUCCCGGCGGCCAAGAAGAUCGCCAUCGCCCUCGGUGCCGAGAACUACAACCUGCUCCAGAACAACGGCCGGAUCGCCCACCAGGAGGUCGACCACGUCCACUUCCAUGUCAUCCCUAAGCCCGGCCCGUCCGAUACCGAGGGCCUCGUCGUCGGUUGGCCGGCACAGAAGCCGUCGAUGGACGAGCUCAAGAAGCUCCACGAGGAGCUCGUGUCAAAGCUGUGAACCUAGGAGAUCGCGCAUAUAGUAAAGUGUACAGUAGAGAUGCCAGGUGGAUGGAACCAGUGCGACACCGAGUACGAGGAGUACCGCUAUAUCAUGCGGUGAGCGAAGUACGUUAGCAGUCAAUUUAUCCUAUGCACUUCCGUUGUGGUGUCGGACAUCUCCGGCGCUCCUCCAUAAUGGAUGUGGUAAAGCUG